GUGUAUAUAUACAGAAAUCAGUGGUGCUAAGUUGCAUCAACACAGCAGCUCUUCAGGGAACCUUUGUGAUCUCACUAGCAGAGGUGGAUCAAUUUUCAACAGCAAAAAUGUUGGAUUAUGAAGUAACUGUGUACACUGCUAAUCGCGCCGUUGCCACCACUUUAAACCAUAUCUACAUUAAGCUGGUUGGCACAGGAGGGGAAAGUGAACACAAGUUGCUGUUGAGCUUGAGAGGACCUUCAGCAUUUGUCAGAGGAGCUGUGGCAUCUUUUACAGUUCCCAGCCCCACAGCCCUCGGAAAACUGGUGCUGGUGGAGCUUGACAAACAGCCUCUUUUGCUGUUCCCAGAAGAUUCUUGGUUCCCAGCCAAAGUUGAAGUCAAAUCCCCAGAGGGAGACAUUUACAAGUUUCCCAUCUACCGCUGGAUCACUGACAGCAAGGUGCACCGCUUCAGAGAAGGAACAGCCCUGAAAGGGUUCGAAGAUAAUCAUCAUCUUGGCAGGUACAGUCGGGAAGAAGAGCUCAAGCAGCGUCAGAAGGACUAUUGCUGGGAUGUGUAUGUGGAAGGAAUUCCUCACUGCAUAAAAGCAGAUGGCCCAUUGUCUCUACCUGCUGAAGUCAGGUUCUCCUUUGCCAAGCAGACUGAAUUUCUUUUCACAGCAAGCGCAGGACUGGCUGAGCUGAAACUGAAGGGGCUGGCUGAUAAAAAGACAAAUUGGAUGAACAUUGAUGAUAUCGACAGAGUUUUUUGCUGCAAACAGUCUGAUAUAUCUGACUAUGUCCAACAACACUGGAAGGACGAUGCUUUUUUUGGUUACCAGUUUCUAAACGGGAUUAAUCCCAUGCUGAUUCGCCGCUGCACCAUCCUGCCUGGCAACUUUCCUGUUACGGACAACAUGGUUUUCCCUGAUGGUUGUUGCAGCUUGGCAGAAGAAAUUAAGAAAGGCAACAUAUUCCUUUGUGACUACAAGCAAAUGGAUGGAGUGAAAGCAAACACCAUCAAUGACAAGAAACAGUACCUGAUGGCUCCUCUUGUCUUGUUCCACAAAACUCCAGAUGAUAAACUCAUGCCAAUUGCUAUUCAGCUGAAGCAGAAACCAGCAGAGGACAAUCCAAUCUUCUUGCCAUCUGAUUCCGAGUACGACUGGCUGAUGGCAAAGAUUUUUGUCAGAAGUGCAGAUUUCAGUGAGCAUCAGCUCAACGUUCACCUGCUGCGCACUCACCUGCUGGCUGAGGUCUUUGCAGUGUCACUGUUGCGCAACGUGCCCAUGGUGCAUCCUCUCUACAAGCUUCUCAUACCUCACACUCGCUACACUCUGCAGAUCAACUUCUUAGCUCGGAAAAGACUCAUAUCUGAGGAGGGUGUUUUCACCAAAUUUUCAGCUUCUGGAGGAGAGGGUAUGAUGACAAUUCUAAGGAGAUCGCUGUCCUCCGUAACAUACAGAUCUCUCUGUGUGCCUGAAGACAUUGCUGAGCGCGGACUGAAAGACGUACCAAACUUCUACUACAGAGAUGAUGCACUCAGAGUGUGGGAUACUAUCAACAGAUUUGUGCGGGGUAUCCUGAGCUACUACUACAAGACUAAUGCUGAAGUUCAGCAAGACUCCGAACUUCAAAAGUGGAUUUUGGACAUUUUUGAACAUGGAUUCCUUUCCCAGCCUGGCUCAGGAAUCCCACAGAAACUUACCACAGUGGAUGAGCUCAUCAAGUUUGUCACCAUGGUGAUCUUCACUGGCUCAGUCCAGCAUGCUGCUGUGAACAGUGGACAGUUUGACUUUGGUAGCUGGAUGCCAAACACUCCAAUUUCCCUGCAACUGCCACCUCCAACCAAAAAAGGGCAAGCGACUAAAGAAACAAUGCUGAAAACACUGCCGGAUGUCAACACCACAGUUCAGGGCAUGGCCACCCUGUGGCUGCUCAGCCAGCGGUCCAGUGACUUUGUACCUCUUGGUCACUACCCCGAGGACCACUUCAGUGAGAAGACUCCACGGCAGAUGAUAGAGAACUUUCAAAAGGAGUUGGCAGCGUUGAGUGCAGCAAUCAAAGAGAGAAACAAGACUCUGGAAGUGCCGUACAGAUACUUGGAUCCAGAGGAUGUAGAAAACAGUGUGGCAAUUUAGGAAAGGAAGAGAAGUUUCCUUUCAGUUUUCUUAGUUAAUAAUAAUCCCACACUGAUGUGCUUCAUGUUAAAUUGUGAUCAUAGGAGGACAUGACAAUUAUUUUAAAUUUUAUUUCAGUUUAAAUGUAUAAUGCAGAUUUGAGGGCAAUGUUAUUAUUUGGGAUGCAUGCAGAGAAAUAUCAAACGAAUGAGUGUACCGACCCUAUAGUUUUUUUUUUUCUCUUAUACAUAUGGUAAUGGGAUAAUAUUCUGCACCAAAGAGAAUAUCUAACAUUGUGUUUUGGAGACAUGUCUUGCAUAAGAGAUAUUUUUGCAACAGAAAACAAAUCUUCAGGGUUUAUGAUCAAGUACUAAAAUGAAAAUAUCAACAUUUUAGAAAAUGAGUUUCUCUAACUUGUUGCUUAAAAAAUAUCUGUGUAAGAAUCUAUGGCAAAGUGCAAAUAAAAAUGCUUUUAAGCAGAAAACAA